AUGUGUUCAAAUGGAGACCCUAUGGAUCUAGAUCUAGAUCCGAUUCUCUCGGACGACUCCAGCGAUGAAAAUGAAAAAACACGACUGUCCCAGCAAGCAGCAAGUUUCGACCCAGAACCAUACUGGUCAGGAAUCCAUUCAAAUCUCUUCUCAACAAUCCAGAAUGGACUCCGCGCACCGCCCAUAUCUUCCAAUCCAGAAGAAGAGUUACAAUCCGAAAGCGCCGAUCAACCAGACACAACAACAGCACCAAAGACGCAACGUGGACGCAAAGAGCCUAUAUCUCACUUCCUCUCACGUCUACCACCCUCCAAAAUAUUAUUUUCUGAUAUCGGCCCCUGGAUCUGGUCUUUCGGCCCAACCUCCAAAGCCCAACUGGACCAGGAUGUCCCCGCCUUCCUCCGAAAAGGCACAGACCUACUCCGCGCCUUCGAAACGCAAAGCGCUGAGCUCCGGGCUGAACAUGAUAAGUCCGGUGCGAAAACUACAGCUGGACUGACGCGGAAACUGAAUCCGCUUCGUCGCAGUCUCGAGCAGGAUAUUCUAUACGCGGCGCGGGAGACGGGUGUUGUUUAUGGGAAGUGGAUGCUUUUCCCCGGUCCGCGGGAUGUUGAUAAUCUGUGGAAGAAGGUUGUUGUCGCGUUAGACAAAGGAGAGCUAGGUGAUGGGGCCAAAGUUGCUACAAAUGACUUGUCCGAUAAGGCGCGGUUGAUCUGUGUUUAUACGAAGGAUUUCGGCGACAAGGAGGAUGUUAAGCGUGUUUUGAAGAGUAUGGUUACGGUGGGACUGGUGGAUGUGCAGGAUAGGCCGAUUUACUACAAAUGUGAUGCUUUCACGCAUCUGGAUAUCACGUCUAAGAACGAGUAUGGACUGAAGGCGAGCAUGUUUUCCAGUCAGGAUGUGCUAGGUGGGAAGGUAUGA